GCUUGUUUUUUCCUCCUUUUUUGCUGAUCAAGGACCAACUUGCCUUCUAUUUUAUCAUCCCACAUGAACUCUCCCAAGAUUUAAUAUUCACAUUUCCUCCCCUUUGAAAUAUACAACCACCCCAUCUUCUCUCUUCUUCAAACAAUCCCCAAAGCUCUGCUAGCUUCAAGAAACUAAGCUCAGAGAUCAUCCUCUAAUGCCUCCCAACCCACCCAAGUCUUCUGUAUUGUGUCACCGCCUCAACACCGCCCCCAACACCUCGUCUAACAACCAGAAGAACAACAUGAUGAUCAAGAAGCAGCAGCAGCAGCGCGCCCCGAUCCCAGAAGCGGUGGCGCGUUACCACACGCAUGGAGUCGGCCCUAACAAGUGCUGCUCCGCCGUGACGCAGGAGAUCGCUGCUCCCGUCUCCACAGUCUGGUCCGUCGUCCGCCGCUUCGAUAAUCCCCAAGCCUACAAGCACUUCGUGAAAAGCUGCCACGUUAUCGUCGGCGACGGCGACGUUGGUACCCUCCGCGAGGUUCAGGUCAUCUCGGGGCUUCCAGCCAACAACAGCACUGAGAGGCUGGACGUGCUGGACGACGAGAGCCAUGUCAUCAGCUUCAGCAUGGUCGGCGGCGACCACAGGCUGUCAAACUACAAGUCCGUGACGACGCUUCACCCGUCACCUUCGGGUAACGGAGGCACGGUGGUUGUGGAGUCUUACGUGGUGGACGUGCCGCCGGGGAACACUAAGGAAGACACGUGUAACUUCGUGGACACCAUCGUCCGGUGCAACCUGCAGUCGCUGGCUCAGAUCGCAGAGAAUCUAGCGAGACGUAACAACAAGUCGUCUUCGGCGUGCCCCAAGUAAUAAUAUGUUUAUUUAUUUUUAAUUAUUAUGAUCGGAGUAUUAUUAUGGUGAUGGUUAUUAGUAAGAUAACAUCUUAAAUUAGGUAGCAAGAGUAAUUAGCUUGUGGUGGUGUUCUGGGUUUUAUGUAGUCUAUUAGGUUUCGUCGUCGAACAUCAAUGUCUGCGAGAGUUGUCUGACUCCGAGUCCGAGUCCGGUCUGUGUUUGCCGUUGGAGGGUACGGCGUCGUUUUGUAUCCGAUGAAACAGUCACAGCUGCAAGUUUUAUGAUGUAAUAUAUAUCUAGUAGUGCCUUA